AUGUUGAUGAAGCUUUGGGUCUCCAUCAGGGAUUCGGACAAGAUUUGGGCUCGCUUCCUGAGAGCCAAGUACUUCAAAAACAAUGGCAAUCUAAUCGACUACAAGCUGGGUUCUUCUAUUUUUCCGGGCAUCAAGCUAGUUUACAAAUUUGUGCAAAAGCACACAAGAUCGAUCAUAGGAACUGGUGAAAAUACUUCUUUAUUUUUUGACAACUGGUGUGGGGACUUCUCGAUUGCUGGGAAGUUGGGCCUCUCCUCCAAAGGCCCUAAUAAUUUCCAGGCAAGGGUUAGUGACAUUAUCGAGGAUGGGUCUUGGGUAAUUCCACCCUCAACUAGUAGUCUAAUGGCUCAUUGUGGCAUAGAUGUGGGGAAGCUUCCAAUUAUUCCUGGAGGUGAAGACUUCAGAAUCUAG